CCUCAAACCCUAAAAAAAUAAAAAAGAGCUACGUAGAAAGAGACAGAGAGAAGAAUGGGUCGCCAAAACGUUAUUGUAGUUUUUGGCCUCGUGUUCUUGGCCGUCCUUGGCCUCGCCGCAGCUGCCUCCUCUCCGUCUCCUUCAGCGUCACCUUCCAAAGCUCCAUCUACUUCCACACCUGAGGUUGAAUCUCCAGUGUCCGAGGACACCAUUGGAACCACCGACGACGAUGUAGCUGCUUCUCCUGGUGAUGAUGACGUAGCUGUGGCUGGUCCUCUAGGAAGUGACUCGUCCUACGGUAGCAAUGGACCUUCAGGCUCUGCCGAUUCUGCUGACAGCGGCGCGGCGGCUCUUGGAGUUUCUGCGGUCGUUGCGGGUGUUACAUCCAUCGUCGGUUCUUUCUUGUUUUUCUGAGGCGUGUUUUUUCAUGAGAAUAUCAUUUUUGAGUAAAGACUAUUUAUAUAUAUGGAUAUUGUGAUGAUCAUGUUGUAAUUUGUUUCUCCUUGGUUAUGAGAAACGAUGUCCUUGAAAUAAGCUGAAAAUAAAACUUUCCUUAGCAAUAUAAAAUAA